AUGACUCCAUCAUCUCAAUCAAGGCAAUCAAGCCGCGGUACUAGGAUUCCUCUUGGAUUUGAACGUCUACUUCACCCACAAAAUGUGGAGACAGAGGCUCCGCAAUCCACGUCAAACCAGUUUCCUAGAGACUCAUCAGGACAAUCCUCCAGAUUCAGACUUCACAUUCGGCAGCAGCCCAUAGCGACAAGGGCGUGUGCGGCUGGUGAAAAGGAUCGUCGUCCGAUUGACCCUCCUCCAAUCCUACAAAUGCUCCUAGUAGAUUUCAACCCGGAGUCUGAGGAUGACCGAGAGUUGAUACAGAAUUCGAGAUACACGGUGGCAUGCCUAUUGUACGCUGUUGACAAACCUGGACCAAAUGGAGAGGAGAAUCUUAUCCACAGCUCGCACAUGCCUGAGAACAGAAAGCACAGAGAAAACUACGAAAGUCGGAAUAUGACUUCAGAUAAUAUAGCGGGGGAACCCCCGCGGUCUGUUCAAGUGUUGUCCGGGAAAACAUUCGUAUCGCCCUUCUACGCACCUAUAGAACCAGAUCCAGAAACCGCACCAGGACAUCCUGUCAGUCAUAAUGCGAGAACAGUUAGAUCAAUGGCAGAAAUUAGCCAUAUGCCAGCAACAUUCUUCAUAUUUGCAGACCUUUCCGUACGCACGGCAGGUGUCUACAGAUUGAAAUUCCGGCUCAUGGACUGGGGCAUGACUUUUGAAUCUGGAAAAGCACAGCCCAUUUUAUCGGAGAUCUUCUCGGAUCCGUUUCGGGUUUACUCAUCGAAAGACUUUCCUGGGAUGAGAGAGUCCUCUGCUUUGACAUGGAAUCUUAGGCAAAUGGGUGUAUUAGAGCUAAAGCCUCGUGAAGGAAAGGGGAAGGGGAAGGGGAAAGCUAAACGCAAAGCUGAGGAUCAAAUGAUUGGUUAUGAGUAG